CCAUGAAGAUGGCUUUUCUGGAGAAGACGUGAAGCAGUACAAGCCUGUGAUCUAUAGCAACACUAUCCAAUCCUUGGCAGCUAUUGUCCGUGCCAUGGACACACUGGGCGUAGAAUACGGGGAUAAGGAAAGACGGGCUGAUGCCAAGAUGGUCUGUGAUGUCGUGAGUCGGAUGGAAGACACGGAGCCCUUCUCUCCAGAGCUGCUUUCGGCGAUGAUCAGGCUUUGGUCCGACAGUGGCCUCCAAGAGUGUUUCAACCGGUCCCGAGAAUAUCAGCUCAAUGACUCUGCUCAAUACUAUCUAGACUGCUUAGAUCGAAUUGGAGCUGCCGACUAUCAGCCCACAGAGCAAGACAUCCUGCGAACCAGGGUCAAAACAACCGGCAUUGUAGAAACCCAUUUCACAUUCAAAAACCUCCAUUUCAGGCUGUUUGAUGUUGGGGGUCAGAGAUCGGAGCGUAAGAAGUGGAUCCACUGUUUUGAGGAUGUCACGGCAAUCAUCUUCUGUGUUGCGCUGAGUGGGUAUGACCAGGUACUUCAUGAAGAUGAAACAACGAAUCGCAUGCAUGAAUCGCUGAAGCUGUUUGAUAGUAUCUGUAACAAUAAAUGGUUCACAGAUACCUCCAUCAUUCUCUUCCUCAAUAAGAAGGACAUUUUUGAAGAGAAGAUUAAGAAAUCCCCGUUAAUUAUCUGCUUUCCAGAUUAUGCAGGAACCAGCAACUUCCUGGAUGCAGUGACUUACAUUCAAGUGCAGUACGAGAGCAAGAAUAAGUCAUCCAACAAAGAGAUAUACACUCACAUCACCUGUGCCACGGACACCAACAACAUCCAGUUUGUCUUUGAUGCUGUAACUGAUGUCAUAAUUGCCAAUAACUUGCGUGGAUGUGGACUGUAUUAAAACCCCUUCCUCCCCCUGCGUCCUGUAGAAGAAUCUCAAUUCAUUGCAUUGUUUGGUUCGGUCUCCUUACUCUUCGUAUGUAGCACUAAGACCCAUCGGUUUGUUUCAGAUGUAGAGGUUGGGGAGCAUGGGUUACGCACUCCACUUUGAUCUGUUAUGGUGGGAAAAGAGAUCUUGAAAACUGCUGUCUGUGCCUCAAUUCACAGGGCUUUUUGUUCACCGCAUACACACGAAAAGGAUAAAGAGUUAAUAAUCAGCUCUGGAAAUGCCCUGAAGGGAAUUUCAUAAAAAUUGCUGAUUUCUCAAAUCUUGUUCAAACUUUCCACUCUCAUUUCCAUUUUCCCACAUCUGUUCUUCUGCCUUUCAAUGCUCUGAUUUCUUUUCUUUUUUUCACAAAAAGCUUAAGACCAUAAAAAAUACAUGCGCUAUUAAUCUUUUGGCUGAUUUUUUUUUUACUGUUUUGCCCGCCUACCUCUUCUCCUCCAAUCUCCACCCAACCUGGAGUUUCGUGUCUUCAAAUUUUACUUUUUUUUUCCCAUUCUGAAAUACAUCUGAAAUACCAGAUGAAUUUCCAGAGCAAGAA